UUGACCGAAUCAGUUGUUAAAGCAGAAUCGAAAGGCAAUAAAAGCUCAGCUCAGCUGAGAGAGAUGGUGAAUAGACCUUAUUUGUUCUUCGGGCUUAGAUAUUGUAAGCCUUGAAGUGCGUCUUUUGCCUGAGUAAAAUUUCACGAUCCACCGCUUAUAUAUUAAGAUUACAUAGAGUUCUCCCAGUUGCAAGGGUAGCAAAAUAAUAUCUAGUGUGCAAAAGAGAAAAGAACGGCGCUACAUCGCUAGGGCUGGAACCUGCUUUCGAUUUCGCGACGUUGCUACGUGUUACUUUGUCGUCUGCAACGUUGUGUGUACAUUACGAUAUACAACCGCGGUCGUACAUAUAUAGCACGCAAGCGUGCGGGGAAACUUGCUGGCGAGAAAGCAUCAGCAGGAUCCUCGCCUUGACGAGGGCGCAGCCAAAAUUCGUAGAAAAAUGUCUAAAAUCGAAGAAGCGAACGCCCACAUCAGAAACGCGGAAAAAGGUUUGAAGACGACCUUGCUCAAAUGGAGGCCCGACUUCGAGGUCGCCGCGGACGAGUACACGGCAGCAGCAACUUGCUUUCGUAUUGUUAAAAAUUAUCAACAAUGCAAGGAUUGCCUUAUCAAAUCUGCUGACUGCUAUAAGCAAAACAGAUCAUGGUUUCAUGCAGCAAAAAAUUUGGAGCAAGUCAUAUUAGUUUUGAAGGAAAUGAACCAACUGUCAGAGGUACCUAAACUGGCACAUAGUGCUUGCUCGCUUUAUCAACAACAUGGCUCUCCCGAAUCUGGAGCAACAGUUUUAGACAAAGCAGCAAAAAUGUUAGAAUCUACUCAACCAGAGCAGGCUUUAGAGCUAUAUAGACGAGCUUGUGAUGUUGUUUUGGGAGAGGAUAGCCCCAGGCAAGCUGCAGAAUACAUCAGUAAAGUGGCCAGAAUUUCAGUACGAUUAGGAAUGUAUGAUCAAGCUGCUGAUGCAGUACGUAGAGAAAUUGGUAUGCACCAACAAAUUGAUCAUCAGCCAUCUGUAGGAAGAUUAGCUGUUGCACUAGUUUUAGUACAGUUGGCAAGAGGUGAUCAAGUUGCAGCUGAGAAAGCAUUCAAAGAGUGGGGUGGUUAUUGCGAUCCACCAGAAGUACAAACAUUAGAAAUGUUACUUCAAGCCUAUGACAAUGAAGAUGCAGACAGUGCUAGGUCAGCUCUUAAUAGUCCAUUUAUUAAACACAUGGAUGUGGAAUAUGCAAAACUUGCCAGAGGACUUCCUUUACCACAGCAAGAAUAUGCUGUGCCACCUGUGGGAGUAAGGGCAAAUGCAGCCCCUUCCUAUAUCUCGCCAAAUGCUACAAAAGUUGAAGCUGAAGUUAAUCAAGAGGAACUUUCUUCAUCUGCUAUAACAAUGGAACAUAAUGAUGAUCUACCCACGCUAGCAUCCCUUAGAUCCCAGUUGGGAGACACUAAAUUAGAAUCUGACACUAGUCCGCCACCUGCUCCAGUGGAAACAUCACAGGAAGAAGAUGAAGAUUACGAGGGUGGUUUAUGUUGAUAUCACACAAUUUUUAAAGAUUCCAUUGUAUGUAGCUAUUCCCUUAUAGCUAUAUAUAAAGCCAGCGUACUGUUUAUUGUCUUUAUAGAUUAUGUGCUGUGUUAAUUCAUAAAGAAAAAAGAAAAUUAUUACAAAAAUUACUUAAGCAUUCACCACUUGUUUCAAACAGAAUCCCAUCUUGCACAGAGUGUAUUUUAAUAUCAGAACUAUACAGCUCAAUCACAUUAAUUGUGAGAUUUUUUAAGCAUUUAGCUUCAAAUAGCCCUGCAUGAUGGCAAUCAGUCAUUGAGGAUAGAAACUUCAAUCAUUGAUUAAUUCACUUUUACUGAUAUGCAAUUAUAAACUGAUGUUAAGAACACUAACAAUAAGAAUGUUAUCAAUGUUAAGAUGUAUAUGCCUAAAUGAAAUGCAUUUAUUCUUAAACAUAUCAAUAAUUAUUUAAUUUUUUUCCUAAAAGCCUUAGUUAUUCCAAUUAUGUUAACUAAAACAGACAUUCAUUCAGAAGGUUUCCUAUUAUUUAUUACAGAUUGCAGAUUAAUAAGUAAAUGGAAAUAAAAAUAAUGAUAAAGAGGUUAUGAGAAAAUAAAAUACAGUGAUGCAAACACUUACAGCUUACAGAAGGAAUAUUAAUUUUUAUGAUGAUAAUAAAUUUACACAAGAUCGAAUGGUAUGUCAGAGAUAUGAUAAUUAUCGAU